AUGAAGAAUCUACACCAAGAAAGAGCUUUCUUCCGGCCAACAGAUCCCAUUUUUCCCCGUUUACCUGCGACGUUUGGAAAGAAGCUGCGCAGUAGUUCUUCUUCCGUGUCGUUAGUAAGUACAAUGUUUUUUGGACCCAUGUGCGAUGCCGCAAGAGGGCGCGGCCACCCUACCACAGUGAAUAAAUUGUCCUCGUGCGUAUCCCGCAUCAGCCCUGUGAGGACAAGCUCCGACUCCUGCGCUAGUGGUCAAAGAAAAAGUUUCGCUCCUGCCAAGACGAUGCUGGUGACCAAUGUACUUAAUUGAAAACCCC